AAGUAGGUGCCAAGGUUGUUGCUCGUCCGAUGGCGCAGCUGGUGCCGAGAGUGCGUAAACGAAGUGACCUGGAGAACCUUGCCGACAAUGAUGUCUCGGACAGUCAGCAUCAGAAGAGGUCAUUGCAGGAGAGUGCCUGGCAGAGUGACUUGAGAGUUGUCAGCUCUCAACAGAACGACUGGAACUCUGGUGACAACUCCGAGCGAGAGGAUGGGAGCCCGAGCAAACGCAGGAGGCUACGACACGAUCCUACCAAAGAUCUCAGUAACUCACGAGGAGCCGGCCUCAAGAAUAGACAGUCCACGCUCAAGAAUUCCUCUAGCGCCCAGCUUAUCACAGCCCUGUGGAAGCGACCGCCGCAGGAACUCUUUGCUCAGCUACGUUCCCUAGAGAAACUCACUUCCUGGAUCCGAAGACGCAGUAGUAGCGCAGGGGCCGCGAGCAAUGCCAACCAAGUGAACAGUGUUGCUGCGGUGGCUGCCGCUGCUCCCCAACCUGCUGCUCCUGUUGCGCCGGCUUCAAACACGGGACCCUCGUCUAUUCCCGCUCCUCCUUGGGUCCAGAAGAUGACAGAGACCGUUCCCGGCUGCAAGGGAUAUCCCAAGGCCAUCCGCGACCUGGUAUGGGUGAAGUUGUCAAGUGGGAUGGAUCCCAAGGAGAUCGCGCUGCAAACUGGACUGCAAGCUAAGACUGUCAAGAAGUGGAAGGAUAGGAUUGUUGAGCAGGGAACUCCUUAUGCCCUGCCCAAUGGAGCUCUCCAGCGCAAGAAACCGAUCGCUGAAGGGGAGGAGGAGAAGAAGAGGAAGCCAAGAGUGCGCAUCAGAGACAAGGCGUACAUGGCGGAGGCCAUGCGCCGCUAUCGAAUGAAGAAGAAGAUGCAGGUGAAUGGAAGCGCUAUGGCCUCAGUCUCGCAGGGUGGUGUGGUAGACGUGCCCGGUUCCCUGCCCUCGUCCAUGCUCGGAGUGUCCUCCCAGCAGCUACAGCUGCAAGUACAAGGAGGACAAGUUGUGGGAGGGGCAGCAUCAGGGUCAGUGGGUCAGGGAGCAGUUCAAGGAGGACAUGCAAACGUUGGACACUCGUACGGACACGGGCACGACUUCUCUCCUCCUCGCACUCCAAUGCUUCCGUAAGAUCUGGCUUUGACGCACUAUGGAACAGCUGCUCCUCUUGCUGCUGUUUUUCCUCCUUGCUCCUCAAGACCUGUUCUGUUGUUUUAGGAUCAGGAAAUCUCCAAUCUUUGCUUUCUGUAUAUUGAUAAUCAACGAGGAGCAGAAUACAAUCCUUCAUCGUUU